AUGAGAUUUUCUGGGUAUUAAAGGAUAACUGGACCAAGGAAUCCAGAAUUAUAUUGGACAUUGCCCUGGUCAUUUUUCUCGAUGCUCAUCCCCCCCAUCCUCCCUUCUCCCCCAGAUGUAGGCCCUACAGGGCUUCUGUUCUCCCUCAACACUAGGUAAAUAAACUGUAGUGUAUCUUUUUUUUUUUUUUUUAAAAAAGAUGUAUUUAUUUAUUUAAAAGGCAGAGUUACAGAGAGGAAGAGUUAGAGGGGGAGAGAGAGCUCUUCCAUACAUUGGUUCAUUCCCCAGUGGCGGCAACAGCCAGAGCUGGGCCAAUCUGAAGCCAGGAGCCAAGAAUUUCUUCCAGGUCUCCCACGCGGGUGCAGGGUCCCAAGGAUUUGGCAUUCCCAGGCCAUAGCAGAAAGCUGGAUUGGAAGUUGAGCAGCCAGGACUUGAACCAGCGCCCAUAUGGGAUCCCGGCACUGCAGGCCGGGGCUUUAACCCUCUGUGCCACACCACCAGCCCCCUGUAGUGUAUCUUGAGGCAAGACCAGAGGGUUCCAGUAUGAUUAUCUUGAAGGCAAGGGACUGACAAAAGAGAAAUGCGUGGAAAGACUGCAAACUAAAAGAAGGAGAGGAGAGAGAGAAAGGGAAUGGGAGAGAGACAGCCACCUAAAACCAUAACCUUUCAUGACUUAGCUGUGGGAGUCACAGAGCAGCACUUCCACCAUUUUUUAUUGGUUGGAGAUGUCCGUGUCCCUGCCUAGAGGAAAAAGUAGGGAACAUAGACCUCAUUCUCUCUCUCUCUCUCUCUCUCUCUCUCUCAAGAUUUAUUUCUUUAUUUGAAAGGUAGAGACGUAGAGAGAGAGAGAGAGAGAGAAAGAGAGAGAAAAUCUUCCAUGUGCUGGUUCACUCCCCAGCACAUAGCAGCAACAGCUGGGAAUGGGCCAGGCUGUAGCUGAGAGCCAGGAGCUUCCAAUAUGGUGCAGGGCCCCAAACACUUGGGCCUCCUCUGCUGCCCUCCCCAAGCUCAUCAGCAGGGAGAUGGUUGGAAAUGGAGCAGCCAGGACUUGAAUCAUUGCCUGUAAGGGAUGCCGGCACUGCAGGUGGAAGGUUAAUACUCUACGCCACAGUGCCCCAACCUCAUCUCUUGAUGGGAGGAAUGCCAGUCCUAUUACACUAAGAACAUGUAGAAUACAAAGUGUGGGACUCAUAUGAGUGGCUGUGUGUGUGUGUGUGUGCUGGUAUGGACAUCUUUGGGAAAAAAAACAAUCUGCCACACAUACACACAUUGUGUGGUUGUUAUAAACAUGAUAUUACAUUGGAAAACAUCUAGCAUAAUGCCAGGGACUUGUAGUUGCUCCAUAUGCAUUAAUUCUCUUUCUUCUUGAUUUUUUCCUUUUAUAUAAGAAGAAUAUAACACGUUUUUAUUUUAAGGGGCACAAGAUGGAUGAGAAAUAAAAACAGUGCUACUUUUCUUGAAUGUUUUGCUAUACUAAGUUGUCAGGUCAGUAAAUACUCAUUUUACAAACGAGGAAAUCAUGACUCAAAGCUGUUUAGUAAUUUUAGUCUUAAACUAGUUUUGUAGGAUGAUUUUUUUGUUCUCCAGUUCUGUUUUAAAUACUUUUAAACAAGUGUAACAUAAAGGUACAGCUCAAUGAGUUUUUGAGACUGAACACAUCUGUACAACCAGAACUCUUAUCAGACCCAAAACAUUGCUGGGAUCCUUGAAGCAGUCUUCAUGUCUCUUCUUUUCUUUACUCUUGAUUUCUUGGCCACGAGUAAAGGCUAUCUGAUGUAUAACACUAUAGGUUAGUUUCCUUGAUUUUGUAUUUUAUUUAAAUAGAAACAAAACUGUGUACUUUUUUGUACUUGGUUUCUUUUGCCUCAUAAUAGGUUUAUGACAUAUAUGUCUAUAUAGCAUGGCUAUAUAGAGUUUUAUAUUGUUAAUAUCUUACCAUUUAUUACCCGAUUGUUAGACAUGUGGAUUAUUUUCAGUUUUUGGCUAUUAUGUACAAUGAGGCUAUGAACAUAUGUGGCAUGUGUUUAAAUAAACAUGUAUACUUAUUUUAUUGGAUAUACACUUAGUAGUGCAUUGCUGGUUCAGAAUGUAUGAAUAUGCCCAAGUUUAUUAAGUACUACUAAACAAUUUAAUCUAUCCAUCUAAAUGUAUCCAACAGUGUAUUGCACUAAUGUCUAUUCCUGGUACCAGUCUCAUCUUUUACCUUUAUUUUUCCUUUUUAUCUAUUUUAAGCAGGUGACUAGGGUAUUUCUUUGCUUUAGGAUUUUUGGGUAGGUAUAAAUCAGAAGCAGCUUGCAUUCAAUACUCUUCCCAAUUCUGAAGCCAAGAUCUAUUGAAGAGACAGCAUUGCCUGUUCAGCAGUGUAAAUUCAGUAUUUUGAGGGCAAGGAGGGAGAAGUACAGACUGUGUCAAUAAGGAGAUAGAAAUCAGAGAGUCUAGGAGACUUCUGGGGUCAGAGGACCUGAAUAGCUGCCUAUGCUCUUUUUAGUAGGGCAACCAUAUAAUUUGUUAUCCAAAUCUGACACUUUUGAGAGUGAAAUGAGGUGUGCUAUUAGUAAUUAUUCAUGGAUAAUUGGUGUAAAUUAGGACUGUCCUAGGAAAAAUUGGGAUUAUUUUAGGCAGCUGCAGUGGAAAUUUAUAAGUGAAGUGCUUUUAUGAUUUGAAUUCUUGUAAGAGUAUAUUCAUAGAACAGAUCAUAUAAAGAAUAACUUUGUCAUCUGAAUAAUGAUAGGAUUAAACCCUCAGGUACAUCUGUUGCUGUACCUUAAGACUGCACAUCUAUAGAGUAACUCCAUGCAGGGUAUGUGUGUGUGUGUGUGUGUGUACUUCCUGGCAUGGGUGUUGUGAUAUUUUGAUCUCCUCAUAUAUAGUAAAGGCCUGUCUGUGUCCUUUAGUAGAACUGAGAGUAGGUGGUGUCUGUGGAGGUGGUGGUGUGGUGUCUCUACCAUUCUGAGCAGCUCAUGGUCCUAAAAGUAUUUUGUUUGAGGUGCUCUCUGUAGCUCCUACAACCUGGAUUUUUUUUUUUAAAUAUGGUUCUACUCUCAAAGCUCCCUUUGAAAAAUUGGAAAUGGUAGCAAAAAUGUGACCAUUCUGUCUUGAAGUCAAUUAUAGGCUCUAAGAGUUAGUGAAAGAAGAAGAUGAGCCUAUAAACUCAGGACAGAAUGACAUGAAAACCCUGGAUUAAAGGGGAACUUAGAGUAUAACCUUGACUCCUAAUAAAUGAUAUAAGCAUCUGAUUCAGGCUACAAACAACAGCACAGUUUCUCCCCUCUAGAGACUGAUCCCAGAGGCAUUCCCAGGGGAAACUUUCUAAGCAGGUCCCUGAGAUCAUCAAGUGGCUUAAAGUUCCCCCUUGUCAAGCUUGUGAAGUUCUGGUGAGAAUGAGGGUUGCUAGGUUUUUUUUUUUUUUUUCCUCACACAGUUGUUGAAGACCACCUGGGAAAAUUCACAAACAGAAGCCUUUAUCUGUUCCUCAAGCACCUUGGAAACUGGGUCUGUAAAAGCUAUGUUUCUCAGCACCAAGGUCAUCAGAAAAGUCUGCACGUAAGGCUUUUCACUGGCUGCACCACCGUCUGCUAACAGAAAACAACAUAGCAUAAGGCCACGCAUUGAAGAGACCGAGCUGGGAGAAGAAAGGUGAAGAUCUGAAUCCCAAGUUUCCUGAUGGUUUUAUUUUAAACUCACAAGCAAGGGCUCUGGAAAACAUUGAUAUCUUCCAUACCCUUGACACUGACUCUGAGGUGAGGUGAGGUGGAAUGAAGGGGUUUAGAGGAGAAAGGCAAGAGGUACAGAGCUGGCAGGGGGCACUCCCGGCUCUCCCUCUCGGUGGGAACCGGAUAUGAAGUUGGGAGAAGGAGGCAGAGAAUGCAAGGACACAACAUGGGAACUCUCUCUCAGAGUUGAGGCAGUGAAUUUCUGGAUCUUAGGGUGUCUUUCUGAGAAUCCUUGGGCAGCCAGUUGAAGUAUGUUUUCUACUCACCGCUUAAAUGAAACUAGAACUCUUGCUUCCUGUGCUAAUACACGUUAGCUUAAUUCAUGGUCCAUGCAGGGGAACUCAGCUACUGUUAUAGAAACGUUGUCAAUAGCUUAGGAUGGGGAGGGCUGUUUAUGAGGGAAGAAAGGCAAAAGAAAAAGAUUAUAUGUGUACUGGCUCAUCUCCUAGAACCUUCUUCCACUCACUGCACUUGUCACUGUCAUCACUCUUUGUGCUUUGUCCUUGUUUCCCCAGACGACUCUCCUGAGAGAAUGACUUUGAGAAACAACUCCUCUGUGACCAUGUUUAUUCUUGUGGGAUUAUCAGAACCGUCAGAGCUCCAGCUCCCCCUGUUUUUCCUGUUCUUGGGGAUCUACAUGCUCACCAUGGUGGGCAACAUGGGUUUGACCAUCUUAAUUGCACUGAAUUCCAGCCUUCACACCCCAAUGUACUUUUUCCUCUUCAACUUGUCCUUUAUAGAUCUCUGUUAUUCUUGUGUGUUUACUCCCAAAAUGCUGAAUGGUUUUGUAUCAGAAAAUACAAUCUCUUAUGUGGGGUGCAUGACUCAACUGUUUUUCUUCUGCUUCUUUGUCAACUCCGAGUGUUAUGUGUUGGUCUCGAUGGCCUAUGAUCGCUUUGUGGCCAUCUGCAACCCUCUGCUGUACACAAUUACUAUGUCCUCUCGGCUGUGCUCUUUGCUGAUGCUUGGCUCAUAUGUGAUAGGAUUUGCUGGGGCCAUGGCCCACACGGGCAACAUGCUGAGACUGACCUUCUGUGAUUCUAAUGUCAUUGACCAUUAUCUGUGUGAAGUCCUCCCUCUUUUGAAACUCUCCUGCACCAGCACCUGUGUCAAUGAGCUGGUGUUUUUCAUUGUCGUUGGAGUGGUCAUUACAGUAUCCAGUAUCAGCAUUUUCAUCUCUUAUGCUUUGAUUCUUUCCAACAUCCUCCGGAUUCCUUCUGCUGAGGGCAGAUCCAAAGCCUUCAGCACAUGUGGCUCCCACCUAACUGCUGUUGCUUUGUUUUUUGGGUCAGGAGCGUUUGCCUAUUUAACCACCUCUUUUCCUGGGUCUAUGGCUCAGGGCAAGUUAGCAUCAAUAUUUUACACCAAUGUGGUUCCCAUGCUUAAUCCUUUGAUCUACAGCUUGAGGAAUAAAGAUGUUAAACUUGCCCUGGAUAAAACUUUGAAGAGAGUGCUCUUCUAACGCGUCUGUUGGAAUCUUUGGUGAUUAAUUCCUGUUAAACUUCAUACCCUAGUACCCUUUUAUCUACAGGUAAUUUUAAUUUAUUUCCUCAAACAGGGCAUUUUCUCUACUUAGAUAAAUGGAACUCUCUUGCCUAUAGUCUUCUUCAGAAUUAUAUCAUUUUGUACCACUUAACUAGGCUCACUGAAUGCAACUUAGCAUCUAUUAACUUCCUAGAGUUUACUAGAUUCUAUCUUAGGUCGAAAAGAUGAAUGAAAUGAGACUCCAAUGCUUUGCAUUUUUUCCUUGGUAGGCUGAAUGAGUUUGUCUAAGUAAGAACAUUUCUGGCUGAGAGAAGAGACAGGUCAUUGUAUGAGAAUCUAGUUUGAGCAGUCUUACCAAAGACCAAAGGUAGAUUCCUUAGUGCCAAUCUCCCAAAUCUUAGAGGGUUUGCUUGCCAAGGGAUUGUAAAUCCUGGCCUUUAUAUACAUAUAUAUACACAUAAAAGAAGGCCUCACUCAAGAAAUUCAUAUGGCUUGAUGUAUAAGGAUAAAUCAAAGCCCAAAUCUUUUACUUCUCAGUUUCAAACUUUGUGGGCCUUGGGAUGAUAACUGGAGACAAAUCCAAUCUUGCAAUUAGACAAAUUUCAUAGGUUUUAUGGGUCUCAGGGUGAAAGGGAGAACAAAGAAUUUUCAUGGAUUUGCAUGAUUAUGUAGCAUGUUAUCUCAGUCCUGCUCUGAAGAUAUGGUGUACAUUAUGGAGUUUUUAGGAAAUUUCUUUUAUUUUUUAAAAUUGAUUUAGAUUGGAUUGUGUGUGUGUGUGUGUGUGUGAGAGAGAGAGAGAGAGAGAGAGAGAGAGAUUAACCACUGGAGAAAUUAAGAAGAAAGUGGAUUCAUAUUAUACUCCUCACUCUUAGGGGUACCAAAAGUGAUUUGCAUUUUGAGUGCCAAAGGCAAUUCUGUACUGCUCUGCUAUACAUUCUGCUAUUUUAGUUUGAAUAGUUGAGAAUUCAGUAAAUAUAACUCCCAUUAAUUGCUGUGUGUGUAGGGAGGAAGGUGAAUUUAGGGCCAGUGCAGUUCAUGUGGAGAUAUAAGAAAGUGGAAUCUCACAUCAUGGCAGAAGAAUGAGCACUAUCUGAAUAGAGGGUAGAAUUUGAGGUUGUCUUGAGGUGAGCCCCCAAUGAAAAAUAUUUGGUGCUUAUCUUUUGGGUAUGGGAAGAGUCAAAUGAAGGUACUGAGUCUGUCUUUUGCUUUGCUUGUAACUCUCUAUUCCAUAAAAUUGAGCAAUUCCACAGUGUGUGUUGGUGCAAGAAACAAGGCUGCAAUGGGAAGUCUUCUCCCUAUUUACUUCUCUGCUGGCACUGGUGUGAAAGUGCAGCGUUCUAGGUGCAAACAACAGUGAGACAUCCACGGGGGGUGCUGAGAACUGCACAGAGGAGCACCUGAAGCAUGGGCUGAUGAAUGAGCAGCCAAGAGACAAAUUAUAUUUUCUCCUAUUUAUUAAACGGAGGAGAUCUUUGAAGAAGAAGAACUCUGAUACUUCAGUUACAUGUAAAUUGUCAUAAUAACGAUACUCAGCGUUUACCUAGCAUGCUCAUAUAUAUGUGCACUGUUUGAGGUGCCUUACGUAUAUUAACUCACUUGUUGCAAUUGAAUUAACACCUUGUUCACUGCUAGUCAACCCUCUGGGCCUCACUGAAUCCCACCCUCUAGGACUGUUUGUGUCUAGGCCCACCCAUUAGGAAAAAGUCAAUAAAGAGGAAGAACAAAAGUGAUUCUACGCUGCUAUAAAAAAUAAAUAAAUUGCUAUUUGGUAAAAACAAGUAAUAAGUUAAGGCAUAGGAUAUGCCAGUGUUAUAGCAUAGCAAGUUAAGUUGCAGCUUGGGAUGUCCACAUCCUGUAUCAGAAUGCCUAGGACAGAAUCCCACCUCUACUUACAGUACAGUUUCCUGCUAGUGUGCAAGGGAGGCAGGAGAUGGUGGCCCAGGUACUUGGGUUCCUGUCAUCCACAUGGGAGACCUGGAUGAAAUUCUGAGCUUCAGCCUGGACUAGCCUGAGAUGUUGCUGGCACUGGGGAGUGAAUCAGCAAGUUGAAGAGCUCUCUCUCCCUCUCUCUCUCUCUCUCUCUCUCUCUCUCUCUCUCAGUAACUCUGCCUUUCAAAUAAAUGGCUUAAAAUGUUUAUUUUCAUGAAAAAAAAUGUUGAAUCCCAUGCACACCUUUUUUAUAAUAAGCAUUUUCCAUGAGAUUUAUAAAGAUAUUUUAUUUGUCUGAGUGGUGUGGGUUGAGGAGAGAGAGGGAGAGAAAGAGAGGAGAGAUAGAGCUCAUGACAAGAGCCUUGGGUGAUUACUGACGUCAUAAAUAAGAGUGUCAAUUGUUAAAUCAACAAUAGGAGUCACUGUGCAUUUACUCCCCAUGUAGGAUCUCAGUCCUUAAUGUGUUGUACUAUGUGAAUUAACGAUAUAAUGAGUACUUUAUACUUUGU